AUGUCAUUUGACUCUGCGGGAAUAAAUGACCAAGAUCAGCUUGAGUUUAGCCAUAGGCAGCUUUCGUCUAUUUCCUUGGGCCAGUCUAUCCAGCCGGAAGACCGUAGCAGGAGACCGGAAGUACAACGUGGCAAGGAGCCGGUUUGCACAUCUCGUGGCAGGGACUCGGAGACCUUGAAUGAUAGAGACCCUGGAGCAAGUUACAGCGGAGAUAAAGGUAGGCCUGGGCCCUCGGGGGAUAUAGAAGGAGAUUUGUUUGGAGCUUUUGAUUUAUUCAGAUCUUAUUUUGACACGAAACUUUCAACAUUAAAACAAGAGCUAACGAGUACAAGUUGCAAACAAAAGGAAAAAGAUAACAUUCCUUAUUUCAAGAAUACCUCCUGCAAAAUUCAGUUUCAGUUCAAUACGGACAUUUCAAACUUGUUACACUUUAUCGUGGAUUCUGACAGCCUUGAUUCAAAUAAAGAAAAAGCUAAAGAAGCGCUAAGGAAAAUUAAACAUAGAAACAAACUUAUUCGUUUGGCGGACAAUUCCCCUGGGGGCUGGGCCACAGUCAAAGAAUAUGAAACCCCAGAAUUGGGCUCUGAUAGCGAUGACGAGCGUAAAAUCAAAAGGGCUGAAGCCAAGGCUGUCAGAAAACUUAAAAAGGGUAAUCCUACAAAUGCUGAUUCUCUUUCUUUUUUCCCUGAUCGUAUGGAGCGGAGGCCAGCACCAGCGGUAACCUUUGGAUACCCGGGACGUUCUUCCGGUGCGGGGCCCAUCUUCCCCUCACGGCCCAUGGCUACGGGCAUGCGGGAUCUUUUUCGGACCUACAGUCCCUAUCAGGACCAGUAUCAACCCCAGCAACAUUAUUCUAGAACGCCAGAUAAAGUCAUCUGCUUCGCAUGUGGAAAGCGGGGUCACUUCCGGCGCGAGUGCGAGUGGCUAUCCAGAUUUAACCAGUCAGCCAACCGUGAUGUCAAGCCCACAGGAGCAAACUCAGCCACUAAAUGA